AUGGGCGCCUAUCUCUAUGGGCGCCUAUCUCUAGGGGCGCCUAUCUCUAGGGGCGCCUAUCUCUAUGGGCGCCUAUCUCUAUGGGCGCCUAUCCCUAUGGGCGCCUAUCUCUAUGGGCGCCUAUCUCUAUGGGCGCCUAUCUCUAGGGGCGCCUAUCUCUAUGGGCGCCAAUCUCUAGGGGCACCUAUCUCUAUGGGCGCCUAUCUCUAUGGGCGCCUAUCUCUAUGGGGGCGCCUAUCUCUAUGGGCGCCUAUCUCUAUGGGCGCCUAUCCCUAUGGGCGCCUAUCUCUAUGGGCGCCUAUCUCUAUGGGCGCCUAUCUCUAUGGGUGCCUAUCUCUAGGGGCGCCUAUCUCUAGGGGCGCCUAUCUCUAUGGGCGUCUAUCUCUAUGGGCGCCUAUCUCUAUGGGCGCCUAUCUCUAUGGGCGCCUAUCUCUAUGGGCGCCUAUCUCUAUGGGCGCCUAUCUCUAUGGGCGCCUAUCUCUAUGGGCGCCUAUCUCUAUGGGCGCCUAUCUUUAUGGGCGCCUAUCUCUAGGGGCGCCUAUCUCUAGUGGCGCCUAUCUCUAUGGGCGCCUAUCUCUAUGGGCGCCUAUCUCUAGGGGCGCCUAUCUCUAUGGGCGCCUAUCUCUAGAAGCGCCUAUCUCUAUGGGCGCCUAUCUCUAG